ACUGGCCUUAUAUAGCCGGCCAGCAGCUGAAUAAAUUGGCAGUUGCGACGAGUGAGGUAAACAGUAAACAACGAACAUGGCUCGCACACUUAUCAUAUUUGGCCUUUUGGUUCUAGUAACAACAGUUUCAACAUUGAUUCAAAAAACACCAUCUGAUGGAGUGGUACAGCUGGCCUACAAUCCGACAUAUGACCUGUGGUUCUUUUUACCAGAAGGCAGACCUAAUAAACUCAAUGACACCAUUAAGGAUGCCUAUAUGGAGAGAAGGCCUGGUGGGGUUUGUCACAAGCCUGAAGAUGACUGGUUCUUCUGUGCCACGGGAGAGAAAAUACCAUAGUACUCACUGAGUUGUUGGUUUAAACUUAUUGAGCUUUACUGUUGCACAUAAAAAAUUACCUAAAAAAA